CUGCGUCAUCAUCGUUCCUGGGCCCAGCUCUGGGGGGAGUCUGGUUCGAUUGCUCGGGCUGGCUGCUCAUUCAUGCCGCAGUCAGCACGAUGGCGCCCUUGGAGGGCGUCAACGGCGGGGCCCAAGGCAGCUCUGCGCACUCCCGCCGACUUUCCGUCAGCUUUCUGUCUCGGUUCAACUGCCUGUGCCCCCCGGCGGACGAUGCUGAAGCCCCAAAAGCGCGCGCCCUGCAGCCGCCGCCGCACAAGCAAGCUAGCAGUGGCUUGUCCGGCGAAGCAGUAGCGUUGUCCGAUGCGGCCGAGCGCCAAGUCGUCCUCAGCAGCUGUACCAUCCUCAGCUCACGGGGAGAGCCCGUCGGGCGCGAGGAUGACGUCACGCUCUCCUGCAUGGAUGGUCAAGCCCUUGACACAAAGGCGGAUCACCAGCCCGGCCUGUUUGCGACACUGACAUUUGGCGGGCAGCCCACCAGCGUGGCCUCUCAGAGACUAAGUCCCGCCAACCUGGAGGUUGACACCACCGCCGCCGGCACCGUGGUGUCUCUCUACCAGUACUGCCACAGCAGCUACGCCAUCAAUGCCCCGACCCUCACGCCGCCAAUUGCAAAUGGCCAGGCUUCGCCGCAGCCCGAGACUUACAUCGACCUUCCCAAGAUCAGCGGCAGCCCCACGCCCGUAUCCCCAAUUCCCCUCGGACCCCCCGUUACCCGUGCUCUGCGUAAAGCUCCGCCCGCGGCCCCCGUGAUCCCUAACGUGACGACCGUCGCCGUGGCCGUGAACCCCAGCGACCGCACGGCGGAUGAAGUCCCGGUGGCGUAUGCAUCGCCUUACAGCACCGGCGGAGUGGAGAGGAUCGGCAAAAGCGUCCUGGAAAACGUGGGCGUACGGACCCAGGUUGCCCAGGCUCAGGUUGCAGCGGCAGUGGCAGCAGCGAAAGCAGGGGCAGCAGCAUCCGCGCCAGGCGGGGUGGCGGCGGCGGUGGUGGCGACUCCAUCGCAGCCCCCACCAGCAACAACUAUCGGCGGCCAUCCCUGGCUGGGCUCCUUUCAGACGCUGUCAGAGCUGGCAUCGGCAGCGCGCCCGCCACCGCCCUGGCCAGACCCUCCACGGGCUGCCGGCUUGCGGCUUGCAGAACAACCCUCUGCUCCGCUGCCCUCAGUGCAGCUAUGGCUGCAGGUGUCAACCAUGCAAGGGCCAGGGGAGUUUCAGCAACAACCGCGACGGACGGUGGUCUCAGAACGCCAGGAGCGACCCCGCCGGGGCCCCAUCAUGCCAGAGGCGUCCGGAUCGUUUACGAGCCUGACACCGCGGGGCGGCGUGACCGGGCUGUCCCCGUCGCUGGACGCCGCCACCACUGCCGCGGCUGCGGCGGCUGCCGCAGCUGCCUGCAGUGCAGCGGACGCGUCACCCUUCGUUUCAGCAAUCGCCGGCAGCCAUGUAGCGUCCGGAGCUCAGCAGUCUAUAAGCGGCCCGCUGUCUUGCGGGUACGGCAAUGUGUACGGCAAUGCUGGCUUGGGCUACGGGUUCUUAGAUCCCCACGGUCUCCUUACAGACGGCCGGAGCGCGCUCAUGUCAGGGCAAAUCUCCGGCACCCUGUCGCCGCGACAAACCAGCUUCCAGUGCGGUACGACUACGAACGCCACGGUUGCCGCGUUGUACGCGCAGCCGCCACAGUCGCCUCAGCGCAGCAGUGUGGGCCUCGCCGCUCCGUCGCGCGUAUCUGUGUCCGGUGCCGGUAGCGUCCUGAGCCUCCCGUUUGAGACGAGCUCCCUCUUCGAUGUCACUGCUCCGCGGACAGGCCUGCUGCAGGAGCAGACAGCUCUGGAGAUGAGCAUGCAGGCACCCGCCCUGGACCUCUGGGCGGCGGCAAUGCAUGUCUCACCCACGAGCCGCAUUGCGCAGGGCGCUUACGGCGUCGUUUACAGAGGCCUGUGGCACGGCUGCACCUGUGCCGUCAAGAUGAUGUUGACAGCCAGUACGGAGAACCUGAGCUCACAGCUAACGGAGGUCUUCCUCUGCAAGGCACUGUCCUGCCACCCCAACAUUGUUCAGACGUUUGGCUGCAACGUCUGGCGCAUUACCACGGACACGCUUCAAGCCGUACGGUCACUAAGCGCAAGUGGCGGCGCCGCCAGCCCAUUCACUGCCUUAGUUGGCGGUGGCGGUGGUUUCACAGGUGACAGCCCCAUGGCACCGGCGGCUAUGCUGCUGCAGUCCGCGGCGUCCGGCUGGCUAGGGCAAAGCCCCAGUAUGUUAUUAAGCGCCUCGCCUAGUCCCGCCCCCAGCGUAUCCAGCUACACGGGGCCGUACGGGAUCACCGCGCUGGCGACGGCGCCGCAAGUCAGUCUGGACGUACCCUGCAGCGUUUACUCCCCUGGUCAGGGCAGCACCACCGGCGUUGCAACGGAGGCAGCGGCGGCCCUCGCUGGUGCGGUCGGCACUUCCACGGCCACAGCCUCAGCCGCAACGCAGCGGAGUCUACCGCCCGCCUCCAUGGAGCCAUGGAUAACACCGCAAGGAGCCGUACCUAUGAGCACCCAGGCCGAUAGCCCUCCGCUGCCACCGGCGGCAGGGUCGGCGGCGGCGGCGGCGGCAGGGGCCGCGGUGGUGCCGGCAUGGGCGAGCUCAGUCUAUCCGGCGCUUACGGCUGGAACGACGGGACCGAGGAAUGACGGGGCAGACGCGCAGCUUGACGAGCGUGAAUCAGCCGCAGCGUCGACUGGUGAAAAGAUGCUGGCCAGGCCGCCAUGUACUGACAGCAUGGCGUCUUCGCCGCCGCUGCUGCCGUCACCACCGCCCCAUGGCGCACACCCCCAGCCGCCGACUCCCCAGCCGCAGGGCCCGAAAGACCCGCAUCACCACCACCACCACCACCCGGCCUCAACGCAGGCGAGCAGCCUUCGCGGCCCAGGAAACCACGCCGGUUGCGGUACAACCCACAUCACGCCACAGGCGACCCACGGGUCGUUUGCCGACGAUCUGCCGCAGCUGCCAACGCUUGGCUUGCCGGUGGGUGCUGUCCUGGAGCAGGGGUUUCUUCCGGGUGCCCAGAUCUCUCAAGGACUGGCGCCGCCGCUGAAUCCACCCGCGUCUUCUUCGCUGGGGGUUUCCCAGCCUGGUACGGGCACCGUCGACGUGGCGCCCAGCUCAUGCCCAGCUGAUGUGGUGAGCUCGACACCACCAUUGGGCAGAGGCUUGGCGGGAACCGGUAACGAGUCCGAGGAGGUAGCCUGUGAAGAGCCGUGCACUGUAGGGCCCUGUGAACAGCCCCCCACGCCGCCGCGCUACGCGCGGCCGCUUUCCCCGCCUCCCCAACGCGGUGUGCCGGCGGUGCGACAGCCGUUGUUACAGAUCCCGCAAGCCCCACAGCUGCCUCAGCAAUCAGGUUUCCAGCAUCAUCGGCAGGAGGAGGUACAGCAGGAGGUACAGCAGGAAGAGGUGCAUCAGCGGGAUUCCAAGGGGAAGGAGGAAGAGGAGGGUGCGCAGCAACAGCAGCAAUUUUCCCAGCAGCAGCAGCAGCAACAACAACAACAGCAGCAGCAGGAGGUGCAGCAACAGCAGCAGCAGCAGCAGCAGCAACAACAACAACAGCAGGGGGGUGCAGCAUUGGAUGCAGGAGGAAGAGCAGGAUCAGCUACUGCGGCGGCGGCGGCUACCAGCAGCACAUCAGCGCACAAGUCACAGCAGGUUGCGACGGCGGCGACGGCGAUUCCAUCGCACUAUGUCGCACCUCAAACCGGUGCUAUGCGGCUCCUAACAGCGCACUCAGCAUCAAUGCAAGCCGUAUCGCAGCUGGGGGCCGCUGCAUGCGGUUGCGGCGGCGGUGGCAACGGCGACGGCGGUGGCGGUGGUCGUUGUACGGUAGGCGGCUCAACCCCCGGCACGCCACGUGGUACCGCGGCGGGGGCGAUAGUAGGCGCUUUAGAGGCGCAUUUGGCACCGUCCGGGGUUGAAGUGCCAGCUUGCACGUCGCCCUUCCGGCAGGCACCUUAUUCCUGUUUCAACACAACAUCAAUGGUUGCCACCGCCACUGCCGCCGGGGCUGUGGCUGGGGCCGCCAUCAACGGAGACACUGGCGGCGGCGGCGCCGGUGGCGGCAUCGCUGCCCGCUUGGUGGCUAGCAACAACAACACUGGUCAAAUUUUCCUUGAGGGGCGUUGGCCUUCUCCAGAUACCUCUAAUCGAAGUCCCAGUCCGGCUCCGGCCUUCAACAGCAGCUACAGCCAGGUGGGCGGCAACAGCAGCGCAGCCCGCCGCACCGCCGUCCGCCACGCCGCCAGCGGCAGCACCGGCCCCAUGCCCGUCAGCGCCUCCCAGGUCGCCACCGUCUUUAACCUGGCGCCUGGAUUUAACGGCGCGGGCGCGGGCCUCGGGCUAUGCAGCUCGCCCUUGAGCUCGGGGAUGCUCCAUGCAUCGCCACAGCCGGGAAGCGCCAGUGGCACCGGCAGGCUGUUUUCGGAUCGUGGACUCAAUUUGCCCAUGGCGACAGGAGGGGGCCCUGGGUGCGGCGGCAGUGUUGGCGGUGUCGGCUUAGGUGGCCUGGGUUCGUUGCUGGCGCGGAGCGCCGUGGCAACAGGCGAUGAGGGCGACGCGGCUGCGGCAAUGGCGGGUGCGCGGAACUUGGCCCAGGUGCUCAACCUGCUUGGUGCGCGCGACGGCCAGCUAUUGGUUAUGGUGAUCAUGGAGGAGUGCGAACGCGGCUCGCUACAGCACCUGCUCAGCAAAGCGGCGGCGUCACCCGCUGCCGCCGCUGCCGACGCGACCACGGCACGGGAGGUGGCUCUCGGCAUGGCCUUUCUGCACCACCACAACAUCAUUCAUGGAGACCUGAAGCCCGGCAACGUGUUACUGAAGAGCAGUCGCCAAGACCAGCGCGGCUUCGUGGUGAAGAUCAGCGAUUUUGGACUGAGCCGCGUCCUGCACAGCAGCAACGGCCCACCCCACCACCUCCUUGCCACGGUCACCAGCACUGGCGGCAGCGGCGGCGGCAGUAACGACGAUGCCGAUAAGAACGGUGAUUCCACGGCGGCCGCCGGCGGCGCGCUGGACGGUACAGUGCCGUACCUGGCGCCAGAGCUGAUCAACAACGGUCAACGGUCAAAGGCCAGCGAUGUGUGGGCGUACGGUGUGCUGUUGUGGCAGUUGGUCACGGGGCUGCGGCCGUACGACGGACUUACCCAAUGGCAGGUUCGUGCAACUGGAGUGGGCUGUGGAGGCGGAAACCGGGAAAAACUGACUGGGGUGGCGGUGGAGAGCUUCGGUCACCGAAUCUUUGGCUGA